AUGGACCCUAAUUUCUCCGGAAAACCCCCGCCGACGAGCCCGUACGUACCGGGCCGAGCGGAUUUGGACCAGAUGCCCGACACGCCUACCCGCCGAGCCCACCACCGGCGGGCCCAGUCCGAGACCUUCUUCCGCUUCGAUGACUUCGACGACAUGCUCCUCGACGGAGUUCUAGCUGACUUGAGCAUCGACUUCACCGAAAACAACCCUUCCCUCCUCCCCGGCGGACCGCUGCCGCCGCCGCCACCGGUUGCCCAGCCCAGAAAUAACGGCGAGGUCAAGCCCAUGGCCCAUUUGAGGAGCCUUUCGGUGGAUGCGGACUUCUUCGAUGGGCUUGGAUUGGACGGCGGCCCGCCGGCGGCGGCAGCUUCUUCCGGGCAGAGGCACAAGCGUAGCAGCUCGAUGGAUGAGAACUCCAGCGGUACUUCGUACGAGGCGGAGUCUGGUGCGAAGAAGGCUAUGGCGGCCGAUAGACUUGCGGAGCUUGCUCUGAUUGACCCCAAGAGAGCAAAAAGGAUACUUGCAAACAGACAAUCGGCUGCACGUUCCAAAGAGAGAAAAACACGCUACGCGGGCGAGCUCGAGAGGAAAGUGCAGACUUUGCAGAAUGAAGCAACCACGCUAUCGGCUCAAAUUACAGUGUUGCAGAGAGAUACUAAUGGCUUGACUUCCGAGAACAAGGAACUGAAGCUCAAGUUACAGGCCAUGGAGCAGCAAGCACACCUUAGAGAGGCUUUAAAUGAGGCAUUGAAGAACGAACUUCAGUGGCUUAAGGUUGCGGCUGGCCAAGCUCCAGGCGGUCCGAAUGGAAAUAUGGGCCCUGCUGGCCCUGCUCGUCUAGGCGGUCCCAAUGGACACACGGGCCCGAUUUCCCAGUUUCCUCCUUCGGCUCAUUUCCUUGCAAACCAACAUCAGCGGCAGCAGUUUCAAAUACCCAAUUCCACCCUUAACAACCCUAGUCCCGGCAGGCAGGCCCGACUUAGUUCACAGGAUUUUAAUCGGAAGGCUUAA